CUUGCGUAAGCCCCCUGCUGGGGGGAAGAGCGGGCGUGUGCGCAUGCUCAGUCUUUCCGUGCUUCAGGUCCUUGACGAGCGCUGAAGAUGCUGAUGCCCAAGAAAAACCGUAUUGCUAUCUAUGAGCUCCUCUUCAAGGAGGGUGUAAUGGUAGCAAAAAAAGAUGUGCAUAUGCCAAAACAUCCUGAGUUGGCAGACAAAAAUGUCCCUAAUCUGCACGUAAUGAAGGCCAUGCAGUCUUUGAAAUCUCGUGGUUAUGUGAAGGAGCAGUUUGCUUGGCGACAUUUCUACUGGUACUUGACCAAUGAGGGCAUCCAGUAUCUACGUGACUACCUUCACCUUCCUCCAGAAAUCGUGCCUGCUACCUUACGUCGCCAGACUCGUCCUGAGACUGCAAGGCCAAGGCCUAAAGGUCCAACUGAGGAUCGGCCUCGUCUUCGUGAAUCUGACAGAGACAAUUACAGGCGGGCUACUCCACUUGGAUCAGACAAGAAGGCUGAAGCUGGUGCUGGAGCAGCCACAGAAUUCCAGUUUAGAGGUGGAUUUGGCCGUGGUCGUGGACAACCUCAGUAAAUGUGUACAACUUGUUCUGUAAAAUAAAAGUCAAUUGAAAUGUA